AUGUUCAAUCUCGUUUUUGGCGAGUCCAACCAGCUAUCCCUUACUCUCUUCCGUCGCCUCUCCCUCUCACCCCGCCGUCGCGCUCCCUCCCACCCCGCCAUCGCGUCUCUCUCCCUCCUAGCCGGCGCCCCAAGUAAAACGACAUCGUUGCCGCUCCCUCCCAUCCCGCCAUCGCCCCUCCCUCCUUCCCAGCCGCCGACGCUGCUCCCUCCCAUCCCGCCGCCGCCUCUCCUUCCCUUUCCGCCGUCGCCUCUUCCUCCUCCCCGCCGUCGCCUCUCCUUCCCUCCCCGCCGUCGCCUCUCCCUCAUCUCCGCCGUCGCCUCUCCCUCCUCCCCGCCGUCGCCUCUCCUUCCCUCCCCGCCGUCGCCUCUCCCUCAUCUCCGCCGUCGCCUCUCACUCCUCCCCGCCGUCGCCUCUCCCUCCUCCCCGCCGUCGCCUCUCCUCCUCCCCGCCGUCGCCUCUCCCUCCUCCCCGCCGUCGCCUCUCACUCCUCCCCGCCGUCGCCUCUCCCUCCCUCCCGCCGUCGCCUCUCCCUCCUCCCCGCCAUCGCCUCUCCCUCCUCCCUGCCGUCGCCUCUGGCGACAGGUGCACGAGCGCAAGCGCGAGUUGGUGCGCGAGGGCGGGUCGGUGCGCGAGCUCGGGUGGGUGCGCGAGCGCUGUUUGGUGCGCGAGCGCGGGUUGGUGCGCCAACGAGGGUUGUUUUCUGAGGCAUUCUGA